UCGAAAUGAAAAUUGAUGAUUAGGGCUCCUUGUAUUUAGCACCCAUCCCUUCGUGGUGCACCCUGACAAGCAUCUCUCGUUUCUUUGUAUCUAUCUCCAGGCUUCAUCUCCCUUCCAGCGCGUCUUUUCUACCCCCCGUUUCGGGUUUUUGAACGCCAGUCACUCGCUUGAACACUUAAACUAAACACUCGCUUCAAAUCUCUCUUCGGAGUCUCCACGACGUCAUUGAGCUCACCCUGGGGGUAGCUAGGCCGGAGCAUCCACAUAAACCCAGGAGCUUCGACUUUUUUCUCUCCGCGAAAAUGACGACACCCGCCGACGAAAGGCCCGAACCUACCUACAAUAUGCACACCAACAUGCAUCACCAGCGGUCCUCCGAUGACGAUGGCACAUACGUUGCAGACGACUUCAGCCAGCAGAAUUCACACACGGCAGCAGGGGAUGCAGCGGGAGGACGAGACCGGAGCAAUAGUCACUUGACGGUCAAUACUGAGCAUCUCAACCCGAUGAAUUCGAUGAAGUCUCCCUCCGAAACGCGGGAGCAGGCAAGCCGCCUCGAUGACGACCUGGCCAUGCUCCAGAUUGAACGCCAGGUUUCUAACCAAGAAGAACUCAACAGGGAGCAAUCACAGUCUCGCUCAGUGCGGAGGCAGAGAUCGCGUCGGGAAGACCCAAUUGACGAAUUCGAUGCCGCUACUAACCCGUUGCACGAAAAGACGGCCAUAUACAAACCUCCCGAGAACCCCAGCACCAACUUCUCUAAGUUCUUCAAGAAGGUGCACAAUUCGAGCUUCCUUGUCCGAUACUUUGUCUACAUCACGCCGCUCGUUCUAAUCAUUCUCAUUCCACUCCUCCUCGGGGUAUUUCUGUUUAAAAACGCUAGUGUGGGGGACGUGAAGCUUAUGUGGUUCUGUAUUUGGCUAGAGAUCGUGUGGUUGACGCUCUGGGCCGGACGGAUCCUAGCGAAAUGCCUCCCGUGGCCGAUUGGGCUUAUUUCCAGCCUCUUCACGAACAAUAGCAAGAAAUGGAGAGAUAUGGGAAAGCAGCUCGAGCUUCCCGCUACUUUAUUCUUUUGGUGGCUAGCCAUCGAAAUCUCCUUCCUCCCCACGAUGAAGAACCACCAUAUUGAUGGCGACAAAAGGACCAGACACUGGCAGUCUGUCAUGAACAAGGUCCUCGUUGCUAUCUUCGUCGGCAUGGUCUUGAACUUUGUCGAAAAGAUUAUCAUUCAACUCAUUGCUAUCAGCUUCCACUUGCGAACGUACGCUGAUCGGAUUGAGUUGAACAAAUUUCAAAUUGGAAGCUUGACAAAGCUGUACAAGUUCUCCAAAGAAAAGAUUGCUAUGGAAGACUCGGAAUUCGAGCAAAUGGGGCCUACAUCAGGUGCUCGCACGCCUGGCCAGCUUGUCAAGGAAGCCCAGAAGAACACCAAAGAAGCGUUUAGCAAGUUUGGAGAUAUGGCGGGAAAGAUUGCAGGAGAUUUCACGGGUCGUCAAGUUGCUCAGAGCAACCAUCCACACCAGGUCAUUCUCGCCCUCUUGAGUAGCACUGGUGGAUCUCAGGUGCUUGCCCGACGUUUGUACCGCACCUUUGCACGCGAGGAGACGGAAACAGUCUUCUCCGAAGACCUUAAGAAUGCAUUCGAGAACGAUGAAGAAGCCGAUGCAGCCUUUUCCAUGUUUGACAAGGACAUGAAUGGCGACAUCUCUAUGGAAGAACUCGAGGCUGUCUGUGUGGAGAUUGGUCGGGAACGCAAAUCGAUUACGGCGUCUUUAAAGGACUUGGACUCCGUUGUCAGCAAAUUGGAUGAUGUGUUCAUGUUCAUCGUGAUGGUCAUCACCAUCCUCGUCUUCAUUUCCUUAAUCUCGACCUCGGCUGCUGGUGUCCUUACUUCUGCUGGAUCCACCGUUCUCGCUCUGUCAUGGCUGUUCUCUACUACCGCUCAAGAAUUCCUUCAGUCAGUGAUCUUUGUCUUCGUCAAACAUCCUUUCGAUGUGGGUGACCGUGUCGGCAUCUACGGAAAUACAGGGGCCUUGGGACGUGGCGAUGAUUACUUUGUCAAAGAGAUUGCUCUUCUCUACACCGAAUUCAAGAAGAUGGAAGGCCAUGUUGUGCAAGCUCCGAACAGCUACCUCAACACUCUGUUCAUUCUUAACCAACGCCGGUCGGGCGGUCUCGCUGAAGCUGUUCCAGUCACCAUCAAAUUCGGUACCACGCUUGACCAAAUUGAUCAACUUCGUCAACGUUUGCUGGAAUUCGUUAAAUCGGAGAAGCGAGAGUAUCAAGGAAACAUCCUUACUGAAUUGCGUGAAGUCUUCGAAGCUCACUCCCUAACCCUGAACGUCGUCUUCUUCUACAAAUCUAAUUGGCAAAAUGAGCUGCUCCGUCUUCAGCGCCGCAACAAGUUCAUUUGCGCGAUGAUGGUCUCAAUGCAGGAACUUGGGAUCGAAGGGCCUCGCAUGCGGUACCCUGGUCAGAAGGAAUCCUUUCCUGUCUACCUGCAAAAUGUUCCCCAUACUGCUACACCCGGUGUUGGGCACAACGGGACACCAGAUAACCCCAGUGGCAUCACCACGCAUAGCGAUUAUCAAGAUCCUCCUUUCGUACCUGCGGCGAGCGAUUCGGGUAACAAUCCUCCUAAUCGCUAUGGCUCCAUCCUCCGCAAUAGUGGUACAAGGCCUCGCGGAGAGUCUCUAGCAGCCAUGGGUCGCCGCGUUGACUUCUCCUUGGGCAUGAAAGAUAUCUCCGCCAGCGACAUGACUGGCGAUGUCUAUGAAGAUCGCGAGUCUCAGUCUCGUACUAGGGCCACCGUCAAUAGGGUCACAUCCCCCUCUCGGAAUUCGCAAGAUCGUGCUCGACGGUCUCACGAGACAGGCCGUUCUACCUCAAUCGCGGAUAGCUCAAGCCGGCCAUUCGGGCGCCUCCAGCGUGUCAAUACAGACAGUACCCAGGCUCGAGAACGUAGCAGCCACCGGAACCGCUUCUUCGGCCGUAGCCAUCGUGGUCAAGCCGAUGAGGAGACUGGCAUGGCCGAUAUUCCCGAAAGCGGUUACGAUUUAAGCAAAGAUAAGCUGGAUCCUCGCAGCGGCCUCGUUAGUACCGCGGCAAUGAGGAUGGAGGGUCAAGACGCCGCUGCUACCCACUCGUCAGGCGCAUUACCAACCACAGCGGACUCUGAGCGGACUUUCCACGCUCCUCAUCGUGCCCGGACCGAUACCUACGAAAUGAGACACCUCCACUGAUGAAUCUGAGAAAACUUUCCUCUGUUAAUAAAUUUUCGACUUUCCAGCAUUUAGAGGCGUACGAUGUUUUUGGUGGUUAGCCUUUAGGUUUUAUACUUUCAUAGCGUUGAGCUCCAACACCUUGGGCUACGAUUGCCACUCUGCAGAGUGAAGUUACGAGCAUAAUCAUAGAGGGUGGAAUUUAGCAUAGGUUCAAUGAAGCUAAGUGGUAGAAAUUGAAAACCUUAG